UUGUCCAAACAGGAGUACAUUCUUGUGAGAAAGAAGUUAACAUGGAGCAACACUGGUCCGCAGUUUGUGCAGUGAUUUUAGCACUCGGUGCAUCGGUGCACUUUGACAUUGUUUUUGCUGCAGAAGCUGAUGGCAAUUUAACAGUGAUUCUUCCAAAACCUGGCCACUGCCCACGUCGCCUUAAUGUUGUCCCAUCACAUAAGGGGUGUGUGUGUGAUGAAGACUGUCCUGCUGACCACAAAUGCUGUGUCUUUGACUGUGGAGCUGUCUGUGUCCCUCCUGCUUUCACUAAACCAGGAGUGUGUCCUCGCAGGCACUGGGGCUCAGGACUGUGUGCUGAAUUUUGCUCCAAUGACAGCGACUGCCCCAAGGAUGAGAAGUGCUGCCACAAUGGAUGUGGACACGAGUGCAUUGCACCAUACACAGUGAAGCCGGGUCGCUGCGCCCUUCCCCAGGGAACCCCCAUGUGUGCUGAGUACUGCUACCACGAUGGUCAGUGUCCAGGAGAGCAGAAGUGCUGCAAGACAACCUGCGGCCACGCCUGCAGUGAGCCCUGCUGAUUGGACAGCUCUGCGACACUUCGUUAAUCUUUAAUGCAACAACGCAGAAAAAGCAUCAUGUUCAUUUUCCCUACCUUUUCAACUCCGUAGUAGCACACUUUGGUACAAUACUUGAGCAUUGGCUUGCACAAAGUUGGAUUCUUUGUGGGAAAAAAAAGUUAAUUGUUUUCCUUCAAUCUAGAUAAGAUGCUAUUCUAUGUACUUUAAGUACAGUCAUGUGAAACAAUUAGGACACCCAUGCUAAAGUUGACUAAAAAGAGGAAUAAAAAAAAAUC